AUGAGCCAGGUCAGGAACCUGCGGGCCAUGUUCGAAAACAAAGGUGACUCCAGUCCCCCUAACAGAGGCAGGUCUCCGGCCACGUCGUUGUCCAGACGGCAAGUUGAAGGCACUGCUAGCACAGGUGGCUCACCACAACCACUUUCCAAGGUCCGGACACAGUUUGUUGCGAUCGAAAAAGGUGGCCAAAUAGGUCUACAGCGAGACGACAGCGGUGAUUCCACUCCUCAUGCCGAAUCCAACAUCAACGGUUUGGAAAACGCGAGUUCGGCAUUAUUAGAAAACGAUGCCCAUUUACAUCGGACAAUGGUUGGAAAGAAAACCAGUUCUGAUAGACCAAAAGAUACUUUAGCCGCGCAUUCGGUACAGGCGAUUCAGGAUAGCGAGAAUCCCACUCGGAGACCAGGGAGCCUUCCAAUCGAAACACUCAAUCCUGCGUCUCUCUGCAAUAGCAAUGAAGAAUGCCGGUAUCCCGCUGACUCACAGUCGGCGAAGCCGUCAAAGUUUGCUGAACGCACGGGUGAAAGAUGUAUCACGCUUUCCGCAUCUCACUCAACGAGAGGGAACACGUCCCGGGUGAAGAAUAAUGGACAAACUUCAUUCGCUAGUAAAGCAGAAAUGCAUGGACCGCAUCAGGAUCAAAGAGCAACGAAGCCCAUCCAGAAUCCAAGAAAGUCUGCCAAUGGGAUUUCGUCUCUGGCUGAGGCAGAAAAUACUUCAUCUGGACCUAGCAAGCCCCCAUUGCUCGAGACCAAAACCCAAAGCCAGACUAGGUUUGCCAAGCCGAAACUGAAAUCGCCUGCUAAGCCUGUUCAUCCGCCUAAUUCUUUGACCGCGACGACCGCCUCUUCUGUGUCAAAAGUCAACGGACCUUACCCCUCUCGAGCUCGUCAAGGUGAACCUCGGUCUAGUUCGUCUGCGUCAUCUCAAGUGCCGAGUCGGAUAAAUCAAUCCAUUUCUCCACCUCUAACUGCGAUGAUGAAGCUGCAAGAGUCGUCUGCCUCUAAAUACCGACCCAGUCUGGGACCUCCAUCGAAGAAACUUUCAAAGUCAACAAGUUUGAAUCAGAGACACAGCAAUAUCGAUGAAGGGCUCUUGGCCCGUGUGAUGCGGCCAACCCAAUCGUCGUCUUCCAAGUCUGUAGAUAAGACUACACCACUCAGAAAGAUGACACAGCGGCACAUGCAAAAACCUCCAGAUAAUCGAUUCAGCGGAGGUCUCCCGAGAUCACUGAGCAGCAUAGGAUUCAGCAAGGUAUCAUGCAGGGUGGCCCUAGCGCGCCCGGCAGAUGGCGGAGCUGGUGCAGGUAUUCCUGAAGUGCAUAGUGGCAAGAAAAUGGCAGGGCCCGGUGCUGAAGCUGCGUCCUCAAUUGGUCCAGUGAAGUCCAUGACUGAAUCAAUGACUUUUAAUGAGCGACCUACUAAAACACCGACCGGAAGUCGCUCAGCUUCACCCACAUCGGAGCAUCGAGACGAAACGGGCGGUGCAAUUGGACCUGACUCUCCAAGCAUCCAUAUAGCAUCCAUAGAUGAGGAUAUUGAAAAGACCUGUCUGAAGAAAGGCAACAAUAUAAUGGAUGCUGUCUCUGGAACAGCCCCAGCACCGGUCACUGCCUUGUCGACAGACACGAUGCGUCCGUCAGGGACAGAUACACAUAUCGGGCAACCAAUCAAGGAUUUACUGAAUAAUCAUAUUGCUGACCUGCUGGAAGUGCACCCUGUAGUUCCAGAGCCUCUCAUCGAGACGCAGACAGAUGGGUGGACCAAUGAGACGAUGCUGCACAUACCAGAUGAAGCACCUGCCUGUCUAGCUGCGCCAUUGGCAGAUGAUGAAGAACGUCAGACUGGCGAGAUUCUACCUUCUGGACCAAGGAACUCUGAUUCGCAACAAAUGACAGAGCACACUUGCCCAGAAGAACGGAUACACACCAGCGCUGGUAAUGAUGAACCGACAACUCAAUAUGAACCUGCUUCAUUGGCAUUAGAAGACGAUAUUGCUAACUCGACCAUAAAAGAACCCGUCUCUACCUGUGACGUGGGGUUAAAAGUUGAAGGGAUCGCCAGUGCUGACUGUGAAACUCUAGAUAACUCACCCGUGUCUACAAUAGAGUAA